UAAUAAUAAUAAUAAAACAAAAGGGCCGAACCGCAGCUUGCUCGCCAGCUUCCCCGUAAGAGAGCAAGCCGGUCUCUCCGUUUUCACCGCUGCAACCAAGCAGCCAACCAACCAACCGAGCUUCCAGCCUGCCUACAUCUCCUCGGGCUCAGUAACUGAAUUUGAGGUGCUCUGGAGCUUCUCUCGAAGACGGUGAAGGCAUAUCAUUUUGUUGUUAGGUGGCUUGCUAUUAUCUUAAAGUUCAGAUGACAUGGUUUUGGCUCUACAGGGUUCUUGACAAAGUGUGAUGGUAAUGCGCAGACAUAAGAAGCAGGAUCAUGGCAACGGCUGCAGUUAUUGGGCUAAGCACUGGAAAGAGGCUUCUGAGCACUUCAUUCUAUCCAGCUGAUCUUGCUGAGAAGCUGUUCGCUGUCCCAGACCAUGGAUCAAUGCAAUUUUCAACUUCCUCAACCAAGAAUACGAUAGCUGCAAAAAGAUCCUCUAAUUUUGGCACAAAUAUCCCAUCAAAUCGGCACUCGCAAGCUAUCAAGGCGCUUAAAGAGCAUGUCGAUACUGCCGCUCUUUCGACCGCUGAUGCCUGGUUUCGGAGGCCUGAUCCCCUAGAGGAUGGUGAAUCCGAUCUUGAAUAUUCUCUAGAGGUCCUAAUUUUGCUGCAGAAGUCUAUGCUGGAAAAACAAUGGAAGCUUCCUUUUGAACAGAUAAAGACAGUUGAUGAUCCUAGAGAAAGCUGCAAGAAAACUGAAGUUAUUCGUUCAGGGAUUUCUGCUCGGAAAAGGAGAACAGUUACCCACAGGAGAUGUUUUAAUCGGAGUGCUUAUAUGGAACCUUUUAACGGAGGGGAAGAGGGAAAAGAGCUUCGCUCCACUGUUAGUCCUGAAUUGCUGCAGACGCGUGUAAGAGGUUAUGUGAGGGGCACAGUAAGUGAAAACCUGCUCACUCAUGCUGAAGUUGUGCAUUUGUCAAGGAAAAUCAGGGCUGGUCUUUCCUUGGAGGAAAAGAGAAUGAAACUGAAGGAAAAAUUGGGGUUUGAACCCUCUGAUAAGCAGUUGGCAUCUUUUUUGAGGAUGUCACAUGCUGAAUUGCAUUCAAAACUAACUGAAUGUUCUCUAGCAAGGGAGAAGCUAGCAAUGAGUAAUGUUCGCUUGGUCAUGUCUAUAGCCCAAAAAUAUGAUAACUUGGGUGCUGAGAUGGCUGACCUGAUUCAGGGUGGUUUGAUUGGACUGCUUCGUGGGAUAGAGAAAUUUGAUUCUUCAAAGGGCUGUAAAAUUUCAACUUAUGUCUACUGGUGGAUACGUCAGGGUGUUUCACGAGCACUGGUUGAAAACUCCAGAACUUUAAGGCUACCUUCCCAUUUACAUGAAAGAUUAAGUUUGAUUCGGAAUGCAAAGAUUAGAUUGGAAGAUAAAGGAGUUAUGCCAUCAAUAGAUAACAUUGCGGAGUCCCUUAAUAUGUCGCCAAAGAAAGUCAAGAAUGCUACAGAGGCUGUCAGCAAGGUAUUUUCUCUUGAUAGGGAAGCCUUUCCCUCACUGAAUGGACUUCCGGGCGAGACUCUUCAUAGUUAUAUUGCAGACAAGAACCUUGCAAAUAUUCCGUGGCAUGGAUUUGAAGAUUGGUCUCUCAAGGAUGAAGUUAACAAGCUUCUGCAUGCGACCCUUAGCAAACGGGAGAGAGCCAUAAUUAGGCUCUAUUAUGGUAUAGGAAAUGAAUCCCAUACUUGGGAGGAUAUCAGCAGACAGUUUGGCUUAUCGAGAGAACGAGUCAGGCAAGUGGGGCUUGUCGCGUUGGAGAAACUGAAGCAUGCCGCAAGGAGGAGGAGGUUGGAGGCAUUGUUGGUGAAACAGUGAAACCGCAUAUUGCGGUCACUGUAUAUAUAUAAAGAGAAUAUGGAACAUGCAUGUAUUUCUAGAGUUAUUUCUCACUGGAAAAUCAUUGUACAUGUACAUGUGCGAACAGAUGUAUUUAAACUAAAAACUUUGAGAUCUGGAAUACAAAUGGAAAUACUCACCUGCAAUAAGAUGGAUUAUUAUUUUUCUUAUGGUGCAAA